AUGACAGAAAUGGAGGCUGAAACAGCAAGAGACAAAGCCAUGGAAGAAGAAAGCACUGAGCAGAAAAAGGAGAGAGAGAAGAAGAAGAGGUCAAGAGUGAAACAGGUGUUGGCAGACAUAGCCAAGCAAGUCGAUUUCUGGUUUGGGGAUGUUAAUCUCCACAAAGACAGAUUCCUCAGGGAGCAAAUAGAGAAGUCCAGAGAUGGGUAUGUUGACAUUUCACUGCUUGUUUCCUUCAACAAGAUGAAGAAGCUCACUACUGAUGGGAAGCUGAUAGCUCGAGCUGUGAAAAGCUCAUCUGUUGUAGAGCUGGACUUGGAAGGAACCAGGAUCAGGAGACGCCAACCGCUGGGUGAGCGCCCGAUGGACGUGGAUAGUCGAACUGUCUAUGUGGAGCUGCUUCCCAAGAAUGUGAACCACAGCUGGAUCGAGCGUGUGUUUGGGAAGUGUGGCAACGUGGUAUAUGUCAGUAUCCCCAGGUACAGGAGCACAGGGGAUCCCAAGGGCUUUGCUUUCGUGGAGUUUGAAACUAAAGAGCAAGCAGAGAAAGCUAUUGAGUUCUUGAAUAACCCCCCAGAAGAAGCCCCGAGGAAACCUGGGAUGUUCCCCAAAACUGUAAAGAACAAACCUGUUCCUACACUGAACUCAACUAACAGCACUGUAGUAGAAGAGAAGAAAAAGAAGAAAAAAAAGAAAUCCAAAAUGAAGAAGGAAAGCAAUGCCCAGGCAGCUUCAGAGCCAAAGGAAUCGAACACCAACACUACCAGCACAGAGCCAGCACCCAAGUCCAAAAGGCACAGGACUCCAUCAGAGUGCUCUGAAAUGGAGGGACCUGAGGCUCCCAGGCAGCCCUCAAAGAAGGAGAAGAGGAAAUGGGACAGGACAGAAAGCUCCGAGGUGAGCCUGGAAAGCAGGCCAGGGAAGAGAAAAAGAGCCAGGUCAGGAGAUGGGGAGACAGCACCUCGAAAGGUCAAGAAAACUGUUGAAAAGGAGGAAGCUGAUCCUGUGAAAGAAGAAACAACAGAAGCUCCGAUAAAAGAUUCCAAUGGUAAAGUUGAAGUUUCUGCUGUAGAAGACAAAGACAAGAAAGACACAUCCCUUUCCAAAGCCAAAAGGAAACACAAGAAGAAGCACAAAGAAAGGCACAAAAUGGGAGAAGAAGUCAUUCCACUCAGAGUACUCUCCAAGACGGAAUGGAUGGAUUUGAAGCAGGAAUAUUUGGCCCUGCAGAAAGCCAGCAUGGCCUCCUUGAAGAAAACGAUGUCUCAGAUCAAACCUGAGUCUAUGGGUGAGAUGGAAACAGAAUCUUGUGUGCAGAAACAUGAGAAUGACAGAACUGAAGACUGUGCCCCUCCUGCCAAGGCCAACACAAUGGGGCCUCAGUUUGUCAGCGGAGUAAUUGUGAAGAUCAUUAGCACUGAGCCCCUGCCGGGCAGGAAGCAGAUCAAGGAUGCUCUGGCAGUGCUGGCUGAGGUGGCUUAUGUGGACAUGCUGGAGGGAGACACGGAGUGUCACGUCCGAUUCAAGACUCCUGAGGCUGCACAGCUGGUCAUGAGAUCAUACAAAGAAAUUCAGAUCAAAAACAACUGGAAAUUCGAAAUUCUUACUGGUGACAACGAACAACGUUACUGGCAGAAGAUUUUAGUAGACAGACAAGCUAAGCUCAACCAGCCCAGAGAAAAGAAGAGAGGCACUGAGAAGCUGAUUGCUAAAGCUGAGAGGAUAAGACUUGAAAAGACCCAACAAACCAGCAGACACAUUCGCUUCACUGAUGAUAACUAACCAGGACUGAUGUUGGAAGUGAACUGUAGGUAUUUAAAACCAACCAAAACCAGCCCCACAAGCACCACUGCUUACAGCAAACCAACCCAGGCCCUUGGAGCCAUAACUCUGCAGACUGCAACUUAUGAAGAUGGUUCUGACCCCCAUUUUUAACUAGGCUGAAUGUUUUACUGCUUCUGAGCCUUUAGGUAAAGCUUUCUGGAACAUGUGUAUUAUGAGAUGUUGCUUUAGUUCACUUCUGGUUUGGGUUUUUUGGGGGGUUUUUUUGGUUCUGUUAUUUUGUUUGGUUUUGGGUUGUUUUUUCUUUUGUAUGUUGAAGUUUUAUACACUAGGUUCUAAAAUAAAAUGCUUGAGAAAAUAUUUGACUUGUUCCUCUCUAAUUCUUCCAUUUUCUU